UUGUCAUGCGUAACGUUUUGAUGCGUUUUGUGUACAAGAGCCCAUAGUUUCUUAAAUGUUUGUUUUUCAUGAAUAAAAGUAUUGGCCAAUAGCCGGUGCUAGCCGUUGCAUCGUUAUUGUAGAAUUUUGCCGCGCAAAACAUACAUGAUCGCAUGAGUCGUGACAACUACGUAAUAAAUAUUGGAGAUUGUUAAAAAUGGCAGACUCUGAUCAUGAGGAAGCAGACAUGGAUAAAUUAGAGCUAUCUUCAGAUUUUGCAGAUAUUAUAAUGACAAAGAAGAGACCACGAGAAGAAGAUUCUGCAGAAGAUGAAUCAAACAAUUUAUCUACUAAAAAACAACGAAAUUUCUUUGAUGAACAGACAGAAAUAUCAAAAGAAGAUAACACCGAGACUAUUUCAGAUAAAAAUGGUACAGAUGAAUAUAAUGUAAAAGAAGAAAAGCAUACAAUAUAUUCAGAAAGCGAACAAAAUGUACAGGAAAAAUUUCUGUCUGAAUUAAACAUGCAUAAAGAGGAAAAUAAAGAAAAACAAGACAUUAAGCUAAUCAAACAGGAAAACGGGAAUGAGAUUCUUUUAAACAAGGAUUGUUCUAUCACGGAUGAAAAUAUAGGAAAUAUAAAAAAGGAGGAUGGUCCACACAAAAAACCUGUUACAAAUACAAUUGCAAUAUCUAUUUCUAAUGAUGAGGAAGAAGGAAAAGAAAGUAAUGAAGAAAUUAAUGAAGCAGACGAGCAAACAAAAGAGCAAAGUAAGAAAAAUGGGAUAAAAAAAAAACAUAUUGCGAAAAAUCGAAUUGUGGAUACAGAAGUAGUAGAUGGAUUGGAGCUCUCAGUAGAAUGCGCGAGUGAUAAAGAAGAACCGAGUUCCGAAAGUGAAAAUGAGAAAGAAACAAAGCCGCGCCCGAAGACGAUAAUUGUUAAAGCUGAACCAAAUGAAUCAGAACUGGAAUGUAGUAUGUCAGAGACAGAAAAGUCUGAUUCGCAAGAGGUCACUAACACAUUGGAGAUUAAAUCAGAGAAAAAGGUAAAAAAAAGAGGUUCACGAAUAAGUUUUAGUAAACUGAAGGCUUCUGAGUCUGAGGGCAGCCAAAAUAAUAAUUCAGAUGAAGAUUAUAGUCCACGGACUAAAAAAAGGAUGAAAAAAUCUCCAAUGGCUAAGAAAACAAAACACUCUGUUGAAUCAAAAAGAGGACGAGGUGUAAAGAAACAUUCUUCCAAAAAGAUUACUGAACACAUAUCUGAUGAUGAUAGUGUGACUUCAACAGAGAAAAUUAAUAAAGCAAAAAAAACUGAAAGUGAAACGGAAGAAGAAUUAUCAGAAAAGGAUUCUUCGGCAAACGAAAGUAAUAAUAAUUCUGAAAAUGAGAAAGAAUUUUUGAAAGAUAGAAGGACGAGACGUAGUAAUGCUGAACCAGAUAACAAUAGGCAAAUACAAAAAUUGAAAAAAUAUAUAAAGGUUGCUGGUAUAAAAAUAAGAUCUUAUAACGACGUUUGGGCUGAUUGUCGGAAUAAUUCUGCAAGAAUAAACCGCCUAAAAGAAUUAUUAGAAAAAAAUGGUAUUAGUGGAAGGCCAACAUUGGAAAAAUGUAAACGAGCAAAAAAAAAGAAAGAGAGAAUGCAAGAAGUGUCCGAAUUAGAUAUAUCCAACAUUAUAUCUGAAGGACGUGUUACGCGCGCAAGAAGAAAUAUGAAUAAAAGCUCAACAUCUCCAGAUACACCACAACGAUAUCGAGAAGCUCGCAAACGUAUUCAUAGCAUCGUUGAUACUGAUUCAGAAUAGAGCAGGCUGGCAAGAGACCCACAAUUGUUAAGCAACAUAAAUAUCUAAACAUGUAUGGAUAAAAGCAUACCAGCAUAUUGCGUAUGUAUAUAAAAUGUUUUCUAAUAUUAUUCAUAUAUUUUCGUAUAUCAUAAUUAUCACUUCUUAUAGUCUUUUUCUAUUUCUUUUCUUCAAUGAAUUAUUAUGUAAUUAUACAUGAUAUAUUAAUUGGAAAUAUGGGAAGGGACUCAUUUUUAUUAUAUUGAUUCGUUACUUCUACUCGUAAUUAAAGUAAAUUAUUAAACAUGCAAAAAAUAUAAUUUACAUAAGCUUCCAACACAUAUAUUUAGUAUGAAAAGAAUAAAAAAAUUUCGUGUGCAGAAAUGUAAAAAAAGGAUUAUAAAUGAAACAAACAAAGAAUUUAAUAUUGUCAAAUUGUAAGAUAGAUGUGUUUUGCUUAAAUGAAAGAAUGAUUAAUGAUAUAUUUUAAAAUACUAAGAAUUAAUCUAUAAUAUAUAAGUGCAUUGAAUAUGAAUAUAUAAAUGAAUAAAUAAUUAACAUGACAAAACAGCCGCGGGCCUUGUAAAAGCGGAUCUUGUGUUCGAUUGUGUGCGUGUUUGCAUAAAUAAAGCUUUGUGCGAAUUUUACAAUAUAGCAAUCGCACAAGCAGGAACAUGAAUUUUUUCCACGAAUCCUUAUAUCUCCAGCAAAUAAAUAUUUAUAUUUGUUAACAACAAA